CCGAAAAGGCGAAAACGCGAUCGAUCCUUCAAGUUUUAUAGUCCCGCCGCAGGCGUACGCGUUUCUCGGCGCCGUUGCUGGCUUCGUCAUCGUGCUCGUCAUCUUCUUCCUCUACCUGCACAAGAAGCUGUGCUUCUCCGAGGUCGGAGGCUUCCCCUGCUGCGACAAGCCGCUGCGCAAGAAGGAUCCGAAGCUGAAAGAACUCAGUAAUGCUUACUCGUAUGAAGACCAGGACACGUCGAGCGACAGCGACGAUGAGGUGCUACGGCGCCUGCAGGCCUCCAUGAGCGCCCACACCAUCUCCAAGGCCAACAUAUGCUCCAACAGCGGCCAUUUUGGAACGUCGGAGCCCGUGAUCCGGCAAGCGUCGUUGACCAGGGUGCCCGGUCUGUCCAAACAGCCGUCUCUCGGAAGCGGCACAGCAGCAGCAGCAGCAGCAGCAGCAGCAGCAGCAGCGGCAUCAUCAGGAGCAGCGGCAGAUGCUCGCGAGGAACGAGAGCCGAACACGGGAGUUCUGAUCUCGCUCGGCGACGCCGACAGUUCGCCGAUGCGCAGCGGGCGCGCGCACAGUCUCGCCGUGAGGGAGCAUCACGUGACGAUGUCGGCGUCGAGCCUCGACGGCAGCGGGGUGGAGGACAGCGACGACCAGGUCAUGAUCAUUCCGGGCGACGAGGAGGCAGCGCACACGGAUGCGGGUGCCAUGGCAGCGGCUGUUCCCAAAUACGAUAAUCAAGCAUACCACGACGGGGAGCCCCAGUCUGGCAGGGCAUUGUCAGCGUAUGGCGAGACGGUCACCUCCGACGAACACCUGUUCGAUGUGAGUGACCUGCACCCAGAGCCUAGCCUCAUCUCUCGCUGCGGCACGCUGGAGGUCACCCUGGGUUACGAUCUGCCGCGCAGGCGCAUGAACGUCGUCGUGCACCACGCUCAGAAUAUUCCCUCGAAGGAUCGCGGUGGAGCCAGUCACACACAGGUCAGACUGCUGUUGCUGCCCACAAAGAAGCAGAGGUUCAAGACAAAGAUUCGUGUCGGAGAAAAUCCGGAGUUCAGCGAGACAUUCGUUUGCUCUAAAGUCAAUCCAGAGGAUGUGAGUGCGAUGGGGAUGCGAUUUCGCCUGUACGGCUGCGAGCGCAUGCGCCGGCAGCGCAUGAUCGGAGAGAACGUCAUCAGCUUCGCUCAGCUGAACCUCGACCAGGAGACGACCCACGUCUUACAUCUGGAACCGCGCAGCAACCUGAGUCACAGCGACUCGAAGACGGACGUGACGAGUCUGUCGCGCAGUGACAGCGCGUCGUCGACACAGUCGAUGCAGCAUGGCGGCGUGCCUGAGCUCAUGAUCGGCCUCGCCUACAACGGGACAACCGGUCGCCUGUCUGUCGACGUCAUCAAGGGCAGCCACUUCAGAAACAUGGCGAUGCAGAGGGCGCCAGAUACGUACGUGAAACUGUCGCUGAUGGGAGCCAACGGCCAGGAAGUCGCGCGAAGCAAGACGUCUAUACGCAGAGGCCAGCCCAACCCUCUCUACAAGGAAACAUUCAUGUUUCAGGUGGCGCUGUUCCAGCUGCCCGAGGUAACACUGAUGGUGUCUGUGUACAACAAGCGCAGCAUGAAGCGCAAGGAGAUGGUAGGCUGGUUCUCCCUGGGAAUCAACAGCAGCGGAGAGGAGGAGCUGAGCCACUGGAACGACAUGAGGGAGAGCAAGGGCGACCCCGUCUGUCGCUGGCACGUUCUCCUCGAGGCCUAGAGAGGGCGUGGUCCAACGAGAAGCACGCAUCAGUGAGCGUUGGCAGUGAGGUUAUGUGCAGACUUUUGUGUGCACGUGUGGCGUGCUGCGCAUUAUACGCUUCAGCCCAUCCUCAAAACAUUUCUCAUUUGCUGUGACCUUUCAGUCCCAUCAAAGUCGCACCAAUUGGAAUUGAAUUUUACGGCAUUGUUUUUGUGUAAAGACUUGGGUCUGUUUGAUUAUGGAGCUUGUGCGCAUAUGUAUGAUCUUUUUGUGGCUCCACUAAAAAUCUGUUAAGGGUGGCUGUUGAAUAUGCCAUAUCCCCCUAUCUGGCAAUAGAAGCAUGAAUGAUGUGUGUGUGUGUGUGUGUGCGUGUGCGUGUGCGUGUCCGUGUGCGUGUGCGUGUGUGUAUACUUCAUUCUAUUUCAUUAGAGGCAUGCACAAAUGAACAAUGUUAUUGUCACUAUAUGUAUCUCUAUAUAGGUUGUAUGGUUAUGUCAUUCACAUGAUAAAACAUCACGUGUGUAGUAUUCUCACAUGCAGAACCUUGAUCAAUAUUGGGUUUACUUAUUUUGACUCUAGUCAUGGAUUAAUCUAGUAAUUAAUUUAGCCUAGUGGAUAGCAUAGUCUCUAGUCUCUAGUCAUGCUAUGUCUAUGCUAUGCUAGUCAUGCUAUGUCAUGUUAUGCUAGUCAUGCAUAGUCUCUAGUCAUGCUAUGUCAUUGUAAAUAUUAAAGGUGGCCUCCAUCCUGCUACUAAAAAAUCUGAACACAUUUAAACCAAUGCGGCAUGUGAUCAACUGAUUACUAUUACGUAUGUACUGGCUCCCUGAGGAAGCGGUUUGUGUUUUCUUGCUGUGGACUCGGAGGAAAUUCAGAUAGAUAGUCUUUUAAAUACGGCAUUUUUCCGUGAAUACCCCCCCCCUCAUCGACUAGAGUGGGAUAUUUUCUCUAGUUUGGUUUAUCCACGUGCCGAUUACGCAACUUGUAUGGGCACUGCGGGAAACUCAGAAGAAGACUGGGCCCCGUUUAACAACAGCAUGCCUGGGAAAUCUAGCCCCCUCUUUUAUUAGAUUAAUUGAUGCAUGUUAUUGCCGCAGUUUGAUCACUGCUUUUAACAUUUGGAGCACUGUGUUAUUUGCAACUAUUAGACGAUAAUUAGUGAUCAGCUAAACAUUAUACUUUUUUCGUCAUCUAGGUAUUAUAAAAAAAACG